GCUUUAUGGGAUCUGUAGUGUCUCGUGAGCUGCCGCAGUCCGCUCAGGCGCCGCCCGGAGGGGGGCUCUCGGGCUCCCUCUGGAGGAAAGCCGUUAGCCGGGGCCGGGCUGCCGUGCGAGUUAUCUGGCAGCCGCGGCGGCGGCGGCUGCUGUAGCCGUCGCCGCCAGAGACGGCUCUCCCGUUAGCGAACUUCCCCGUCGGGUUGGGUGCGGCGGAGGCUCAGUGCCGCCCCAGGACCCGGCGCUGAGGGGAGAGUUACGCGCCCUGGGCUCGGGCGAUGAUGCUAGGAGGAGUUCGAGCGACCGCGCGCAGGCGCCCAUAGCGGAGACCCAUCGCCUGAAGAAAAACAUAGCUGGAGCCCGUGGCGAGUCUUCCCCGGGUCUUCCUAAACGCCGACGGCGACGGCGACGGCGACGGAGGCGUCGGCGCCCCUGGUGGCAGUGGUGGCGACGCCCGAAGAGGCGGAAGAAGAAGAAGCGGCGGAAGCGGCCGCGAUCGCGGUCGGCCAGCAUCCAGAAGCCCUGUCUCCAGCCGGACGAGGUAUGCGCGGAGCCUGCGACUGCGGCUGCGGCUCUCGGGUCUCCUUCCCGCCAGCCUUCCCCGUCUCCGUUGCCCACACUCCGAAAAGUUCGACCGCCACCGCCACCGCCACCACGGCGUCGGAGACGCAGACGACGGACCAUGGAACUCGAGAACCUAGUGGCCAACACUCUGCUGCUGAAGGCUCGUCAAGCAGGACUUAACAAAAAGAGUGGUCGUAGUAGAAAGUGGAGAGAGAUCCUGAAGUUGCCCCCAGUCAGCCUGUGCUGUGAGCUAAGAGAUUCCAUCGAAAAGGAUUUUAAUAGCCUUUGUGACAAGCAGCCAAUAGGAAGACUUCUUUUCAGACAAUUCUGUGAUACAAAACCAGAUCUAAAGAGAUGCGUUGAAUUCUUGGAUGCAGUGGCAGAGUAUGAAGUUACUAUUGAAGAGGAGCAAAGAGAGUUUGGGCUAUCCAUCUUAAAUAGAUUCUUCAAAGAGAAGUCAGAAGUCCACUUACCAGAGAUACCUCUAGCUGUUGUGAAAGAAUGUAAAACGAAUCUGAAGGGGAAUUCCUCCUGUAAGAAUGUUUUCGAGGAGUGCACUAGAAUUGUCUAUACGUAUUUGAGUGGAAAACCAUUUGAAGAAUACCAAGACAGUACAUACUUCGGUCGAUUUUUACAAUGGAAAUGGCUAGAAAGGCGGCCAGUAACAAAGAACACGUUCAGACAUUAUAGAGUUCUAGGAAAAGGCGGAUUUGGAGAGGUUUGUGCCUGCCAAGUACGAGCUACAGGAAAAAUGUACGCCUGCAAAAAACUAGAAAAAAAGAGAAUAAAGAGGAGGAAAAGUGAAGGGAUGGCUCUGAAUGAAAAAAGAAUCUUAGAAAAAUUGCACAGUAGAUUUGUAGUUAAUUUAGCCUACACUUAUGAAACCAAGGAUGCCUUGUGUUUGGUGCUAACCAUUAUGAAUGGAGGGGAUUUGAAGUACCACAUUUACAACCUGGGCAACCCUGGCUUUGAGGAGCCGAGAGCUGUGUUCUAUGCUGCAGAGCUAUGUUGUGGCUUGGAAGAUUUACAGAAGGAAAGAAUUGUAUACAGAGACCUAAAGCCAGAGAAUAUCCUCCUGGACGAUCAUGGACACAUCCGAAUUUCAGAUCUUGGUCUAGCUCUGGAAGUCCCAGAAGGGGAGACAGUUCGAGGAAGAGUUGGUACUGUUGGCUACAUGUCUCCAGAAAUUAUCAAUAAUGAAAGGUAUGCAUUUAGUCCUGAUUGGUGGGGACUUGGCUGUCUGCUAUAUGAAAUGAUUGCGGGACACUCUCCAUUCAAAAAAUAUAAAGAGAAAGUCACCCGGGAGGAAGUGGAAAGAAGAGUGAAGAAUGAAACGGAGGAGUAUUCUGAGAAGUUUUCAGAGGAUGCCAAGUCCAUCUGCAGCAUGUUACUCAUCAAGGAUCCAACUCAUCGGCUAGGCUGUCAGAGUGAUGGAGCCGCUGCUGUAAAGCAGCACCCAGUGUUCAAGGACAUUAACUUCAGCAGGCUGGAAGCAAAUAUGUUAGAUGCCCCUUUUUAUCCUGACCCUCAGGCCAUUUAUUGUAAGGAUAUCUUGGAUAUUGGCCAGUUCUCUGUGGUGAAAGGAGUCAACCUGGACAGCAGUGAUGAAACUUUCUAUGCCCAGUUUGCUACUGGGAGUGUCACCAUCCCCUGGCAGAAUGAGAUGAUUGAAUCUGGAUGUUUCAAGGACCUCAAUGAAAGUGAAGAUGGGGAAGAUUCAUCAGCACAUAGAAAAGACAAGUUGUGUCCCUCCAUUCUCAGACCAAAGGGAAAUGUCUUACGUAGAAUCUUCAGAAGAGGGGGCUGCCUGACCAUUGCCCCCAGUGAGGAGAGGGAGUCAACACAACGCUGACGGUUCACUGUGCAGACCACAGAGCGAGACCCUGGUAUUAAGAAGGAAUCUGUCACAUACUCAGUGUCUUGUCCUUCCCAUGAAUUGUAAUAAACAGUCUGUGACACUGUUUAUAA